GAGCCGAGCGGAGCCGAGCGAAGCCGGCGCGCCUGCAGCUGGGAGCUGGGAGCUGGGAGCGCGCCGGGCGCAGGGCCGGGCCGGCCGCGGGAGGGUAGUGUCAGCGCCCGCGUCCAGCUCUUCGGCCGCAGACCCGGGCUGUCUGGAGGCCGCGCGGCCACCUGCUGCGUCGCCCCGGCUUUGGGCUGGGGCCAGACGCGCACCGCGGCGGGAGCAGCCCCGGCUCGCCGCACCCCGCGGAAGGUGCCCUUCUCUGCGCGUCUCGCCGAGCCCGGGCCACGCUCCUGUGCCAGGUUUUAACUCCAUGAUUGUGUGCUGUGAGUAUAUGGCUGCAUGUCUCAAGAAAUUCACUGGCUUUAAAAUGUGGGCUUAGCUACUGCCAGUAUGAUUUGAUGAAAGCGGAUAGAGGUCUCAGAUCCACCCCCGGAUUCCACCGUCAGGCCCAAGGACGGACCCCUGGCCAUUGACUGAUGCCAAGUGGGUGCCUGGCAGCAGCCUUCCUUCCCAUCCCUGCUUCUGGACGCCUCAGCCAAGUCACUGAUUUUCUGCAUACUCCAUGUUAUGAAUCUGGUGUGCUGAGAUAAGGACACCUGUGACUGAGAUGAUUUCUUUGGCAUCCGUGCAAGAUAAAAGCGAGCUUGACAUGAUUUCCACAAGGGUGAUGGACAUUAAGCUUCGGGAGGCUGCAGAAGGCCUUGGGGAGGACAGCACAGGAAAGAAAAAAUCUAAAUUCAAAACUUUUAAGAAGUUUUUUGGGAAGAAGAAGAGAAAAGAAUCGCCAUCGUCCACAGGAAGUAGCACCUGGAAACAAAGUCAGACGAGGAAUGAGGUCAUUGCCAUCGAAUCCGGGCCAGUGGGCUACGACUCCGAGGAUGAGCUGGAGGAGUCGAGGGGCACGCUGGGCAGCCGGGCCCUUUCUCACGACAGUAUUUUCAUUCCUGAGUCCGGACAGGACGCUACUCGGCCUGUGCGGGUGUUUUCCCAAGAAAAUGUGUGUGAUCGGAUUAAAGCUCUGCAGUUAAAAAUACAGUGUAAUGUGAAAAUGGGGCCACCACCUCCUCCAGGGGGGCUUCCUGCCAAGCGGGGAGAGGAUGCCGGCAUGAGCUCUGAGGACGACGGGCUGCCCAGGAGCCCCCCAGAGAUGUCUCUGCUGCAUGACGUGGGUCCUGGCACCACCAUAAAGGUCUCUGUCGUGUCUCCAGACCACGUGAGUGACAGCACUGUCUCUGCCCGGAUCUCAGACAACAGCCUGGUACCAGUGGCCGACUUCAGUUACCCUGCAGAAUCCUCCUCCUGCCUGGACAACUCUGCAGCUAAGCACAAGCUCCAGGUCAAGCCCCGCAACCAGCGGUCGAGUAAGAUGAGGCGGCUCUCAUCGCGCGCUCAGUCUGAAUCCCUGAGCGACCUGACGUGCACCCCAGAGGAGGAGGAAAACGAGGAGAAGCCACUUUUGGAAGUCAGCCCAGAAGAGAGCCCCAGCUCUGGGCAGCAGGACGUGGCGCCAGACAGAGGCCCUGAGCCUGGGCCACCGGCGCCCUUGCCGCCACCCGGAGGGGCCCGUGCCAGACGCGCCCGCCUGCAGCACUGCUCGGCGCUCACGGCCAGCAUGGAGGAGGGGGGCGUCCCCGGGGAGGACCCCUCAAGCCGCCCGGCCACCCCGGAGCUCGCCGAGCCCAAGUCGGCCCCCACUCUCCGCGUGGAGCCCCCGUCCCCGCCGGAGGGCCCCCCGAAUCCCGGUCCCGACGGCGGAAAGCAGGAUGGGGAGGCGCCCCCCGCAGGCCCGUGUGCCCCGGCCACGGACAAGGCGGAGGAGGUGGUCUGUGCUCCCGAAGACGUCGCGAGCCCGUUUCCCACCGCCAUCCCUGAGGGGGACACGACUCCCCCCGAGACUGACCCCGCAGCCACCUCAGAGGCGCCCUCUGCUCCCGACGGGCCAGAACACAGCGUCCCGAAGGAAGCGGAGCCGACGCCGCCCGUGCUCCCGGAUGAGGAGAAGGGGCCCCCAGGGCCGGCGCCUGAGCCCGAGAGAGAAGCGGAGACGGAGCCCGAGAGAGGAGCGGGGACCGAGCCCGAGAGAAUUGGGACCGAGCCCUCCACGGCGCCCGCCCCGAGCCCGCCGGCGCCCAAGAGCUGCCUGAAACACCGGCCCGCGGCCGCCAGCGAGGGCCCCGCCGCGUCCCCGCCGCUUGCCGCCGCGGAGUCUCCCCCGGUGGAGCCCGGCCCCGGUUCCCUCGACGCAGAGGCUGCCGCCCCGGAGCGCCCCAAGGCCGAGCGAGCCGAGGCGCCACCGGCGGGCGCCGAGAGGGCGGCGCCAGAGCGGAAGGCGGAGAGGGGCGGUGCCGAGCUGCGAGGCGCGAAGAAGUUCUCGGUGUCCUCGUGCCGAGCGCGGCCUCGUCCGGGCGUCUCCCGCCCGCUGGAACGGGCCAGCGGCCGCCUGCCCCUCGCGAGGAGCGGCCCGGUCUGGAGGAGCGAGGCGGCUCUUGACGACCUCCAGGGUCUCCCUGAGCCCCAGCACGCGAAACCUGGCCCUCGGAAGCCGGCGGAGCGCGGCCCUCAGGACUCGGGGGACAGGGCGGCCAGCCCGGCCGGGCCGCGCAAGAGCCCUCAGGAGGCGGCCGCCGCGCCCGGCACGAGAGAGCCCUGCCCAGCCGCCCAGGAGCCGGCCCCGAGUGAGGACAGAAACCCCUUCCCCGUCAAGCUCCGGUCCACCUCCCUCUCGCUCAAAUACAGGGAUGGCGCCUCUCAGGAGGUGAAGGGUGUGAAGAGGUACAGUGCCGAGGUCCGGUUAGAAAGGUCGCUGACCGUGCUCCCGAAGGAGGAGAAGUGUCCCCUCGGGACGGCCCCCGCCCUUCGAGGCGCCAGGGCCCCCAGCGACCAAGGAAAGGGGAAGGCCCGGCCCCCCGAGCCGCUCAGCUCCAAGCCGCCUCUGCCCCGGAAGCCGCUUCUGCAGAGCUUCACGCUCCCGCACCAGCCCGCGCCCCCCGACGCCGGCCCGGGAGAGCGGGAACCCAGGAAGGAGCCCAGGACGGCGGAGAAAAGGCCGCUGCGCAGGGGAGCUGAAAAGAGUCUGCCGCCUGCAGCAACAGGGCCUGGAGCUGAUGGGCAGCCUGCGCCACCCUGGAUCACCGUCACUCGGCAGAAGCGGAGGGGGACCUUGGACCAGCCACCCAACCAGGAAGACAAGCCUGGGGCACGGACCCUGAAGUCUGAACCAGGAAAGCAAGCCAAGGUGCCUGAGAGAGGCCAGGAACCUGUGAAGCAAGCUGACUUUGUUCGCAGCAAGUCUUUCCUGAUAACCCCUGUGAAGCCCGCUGUGGACCGGAAGCAGGGGGCAAAGCUCAACUUCAAGGAGGGGCUGCAAAGAGGAAUCUCAUUGUCCCAUCAGAACUUGGCAGCUCAGUCUGCAGUGAUGAUGGAGAAGGAACUGCAUCAGCUGAAGAGAGCCAGUUAUGCCAGUACAGAUCAGCCAUCCUGGAUGGAACUUGCCAGAAAGAAAUCUCAAGCUUGGAGUGACAUGCCCCAGAUUAUAAAAUAGGUGGGCAGUGUGCUAAUAAAGCAUGUCCACUACCCUGACAAGCCACUUAGUUAAAAACUGCCAGUAUAUUGUGGCAAACAAACUGUGAAACUUAAAGAUUGAUUUUAUCAUCAAGUUAUGACGAACUUGGGGAAGAGGAAGGAACCAGGCAAAACAAAGAGGAUAAACACACAGCCAUACUCCUGGGCCAGAGGGCCCAGAAACAAGAACAACAUGAAAAAGUCCAGGAACCAGUUCCUGUGCCCAAAGGUACGAAUGUGUCUUUUCGAAUUCCCUUGAUAAAGAAGCCUCAGACAAGGAAGAAAAUAGAAAUGAAAUUGGACACAUAAAUAGGACACCCAGCAAAGGCCAGAAGAGAAGCCCUUCUAGGAGAAGGGACAUCUGUGCUUCCAGCUGAGAUCAGCCCAUGUCUCUGGUCGCUCUCUUGCCUGUGGAUCCUGUCUUCUUUCAUGUUUACUACGAGGCAUGACAUUCAUGGCAAAACAGGGAUGCCAUUUCCAAGAGCAGCUAUAAAACAAUCUGUUUUCCUAAAGACAGCCACUCUGAGAAGGAGAUGAAGGAACAUGGCAGGGUUCAUCAAUUCAUAGACUGUUUCCAAAAAUAAUUUUUAAACUUUUCCACUAGGCAUCUGUGUCUUUAACCACUGCACAAUGCAUUGCCUGUUUAAUAAAAGGUUUCAAACAUG